GACUCUCAGAACAUCUUCAGCAGCAGCACCAGAACCAGCUGUUCCCUUCAGCAGAACCAGAACAAGAACCAGAACCAGCUGUUCCCUUCAGUAGAACCAGAACCAGCACCAGAACUGGAACCAGAAGCAGCUGUUCCCUUCAGUCCCGGCAGCAGCAGCACCAGAACCGGCAGGCUGGAGCCCUGGUACUCCUACACCCACUGGUUCCCCAUGGCCUCGGCCCACGUGAUGAAGGACGACCCGGAGCCGGUGCCGAAGAUGCAGCCGGCCAUGAUGAUGUUCUCCAGCAAGUACUGGUCCAGGAGGGGGCUGUCGCUGGACUCGGCCAUGUUCGACCAGCAGAACCAGUACCAGCAGCAGAGACACACCAGAGGACAGAUGUCGAGGCGUCCGUCCUUCUGUCCCAUCAAUGAGAAGCUCGACAAAGAGGGAGCGGAGGAUUCUGGGAAAACAGCGGUGGUGUUCUCUCUGAAGAAUGAGGUUGGCUGUCUGGUGAAGGCCCUCAGACUGUUCCAGGAGAAGAGGGUGAACCUGAACCACAUCGAGUCUCGCAUGUCGAAGCGGGUUCCUAACGAGGUGGAGAUCUUUGCAGACUGUAGCUGCAGCAAGAAGGAGUUCAACGAGCUCCUGGAGAACCUUAAAGACCACGUCAACAUCGUGUCCUUCAACACACCUGAACACGUCUGGGCUGCUGAGGCAGAUGGAGAAGACGUUCCCUGGUUCCCCAUGAAGAUCUCUGAAUUGGACCAAUGUUCUCACAGGGUUCUGAUGUACGGUUCUGAGCUGGACGCUGAUCAUCCUGGCUUCAAGGACAACGUUUACCGUCAGCGCAGGAAGUACUUUGUGGAGGUGGCCAUGAACUACAAGUUCGGACAGCCCAUCCCUCGGAUCGACUACACCCCGGAGGAGGUGAGGACGUGGGCCGUGGUGUUCAGAGAACUCACCAAACUGUACCCGACUCACGCCUGCAGAGAAUACCUGAAGAACCUGCCGCUGCUCACCAAACACUGUGGAUACCGAGAGGACAACAUCCCCCAGCUGGAGGACGUCUCCAUGUUCCUCAGAGAGCGUUCUGGUUUCUCCGUCCGUCCGGUAGCCGGAUAUCUGUCCCCCAGAGACUUCCUGGCUGGUUUGGCCUUCAGAGUCUUUAACUGCACCCAGUACGUCCGUCACAGCACCGACCCGCUAUACACCCCAGAACCGGAUACCUGUCAUGAGCUGCUGGGUCAUGUUCCCCUGCUGGCUGAUCCAAAGUUCGCCCAGUUCUCCCAGGAGAUCGGACUGGCUUCACUGGGAGCUUCUGAUGAAGACGUCCAGAAACUGGCCACGUGUUAUUUCUUCACCAUCGAGUUCGGACUCUGCAAACAGGACGGACAGCUGAGAGCUUAUGGAGCCGGAUUACUGUCGUCUAUCGGAGAACUCAGACAUGCUCUGUCUGAUCAGGCCUGCGUGAAGAUGUUUGAUCCGAGGACCACCUGCAACCAGGAGUGUCUCAUCACCACCUUCCAGGACGUUUACUUCGUCUCUGAGAGCUUCGAGGAGGCCAAAGAGAAGAUGAGGGAGUUUGCUAAGACGAUAAAGCGUCCGUUCUCGGUGUACUACAACCCGUACACUCAGAGCGUGGACUUGCUGAAGGACACGCGCAGCAUCGAGGACGUGGUUCAGGACCUGCGCAGUGACCUGACCACCAUCUGCGACGCCCUGGGGAAGAUGAACACCUACAUGGGCAUCUGAGGCCACGCCCACCUCACCUGUGGGCUCUGAUUGGUCAUUGACAUCACCACAACGCUUCUGCAGAACAUCAGCCGCGACCCCGUCUUCAUUUAUAUCUCUGAGUGUAACUAAAACAUGGAGGUGUUGAAGGUCUUUCACCUGAUUUCUCCAUAGAUCAGUUCUGAUGUUUCUUCUCCUUCAACUGUAAAUAAGAUAAUAUCUACUUUCUAAAUGUUCCUGAAUCUCCAUAAAACCUCUCAGAGUGAAACCCACAUCAGUUUGAAGGAUGCAAAAACAACUUCCAGGAACGUUCUCCAACAGUUUCUGUGAGUUUGUUUGAAUCAGCGUUUGACCAAACUGAAGAUCACAUGAAGCAUCUGUUCAUGAAUAAAGUUCCAGGAGGAGCGUGGGGUGGAUGGAGGGUUCUGGGUUUUAUGUUUGAUAGCUUCUGCCUCCAGCUGAGUCCAGGUGUAAACCUCACGUCUAAUCAAAAGUCAAACUCCAGCCAGUUUCUAUGGCGACGACUGUCACAGUAGGAGCUUUUAGAUAGAAAAUGGUUCUUAAAUGAUGAAUGAACAUCGUUUACAUCUGGAGACACAUCUGGCUCUUCCAGCAGUUAGUCGGUACCAAACCGGUGAAAUCUGGUGAGUCCACCAAUGGUUCCAUCCGGUUGAUGGAUUUUUCUCUUUCUUUGUGCCACUUAGGAACUUCUUCUCUGUAAAAACCUCCAUGAACGGUCCUUCAUGGCCUCACUGUUCUGCUUCUCCUCAAUUUUUAUCAGGUUCUAGUGUUCAAGCAGGUUUCUGACUCAGUGGAAACAGAAAGUCUACAGACUGGUCAGAACAGGACCUAGGUCUAGGAAAGACCACUUGGUGAAUCUGGGUCCAGGUUCUGAUCCAGACUCUGGUCUGAGGUUCAGUUAGGUAAUUUUUCCUAAAAUCACUUUGGACAUUUUCUGGAUCAAUGCAAAACACUGUCUCUCCUGAACCUAAACCUGAACCUGAACCUGAACCUGAACCAAGAACCUGAACCUGAACCUGAAUCAGAUUAAACACUGAAUUCUGAAGCUUUCAGGAGAAAUCCACCUCAUUUUAAUAAAGCUCAACCUUUUUAUCUUCAUGCAAAUCCAGUUUUACAUGUUGUUGAUCCUGAAUCCAACAACAUCCUGAGAGCCAAGCCUUCUGAGACGGAAUAAGAGCAGCUGGUUCUGGUUCAGACUGAAUCCAAAGGUUCUGAUGUUCUGAAACUAUCUUUCACACUGUUUGUCUCUUUGUUUCAUUAAAAGACUUUCAGUCAGUUCAUUACAAAGAAUAAAAAAGUCAUUUCAGUCAGUUUCUGCUGCUUCGUUCUAUUUUUAUCAUGAUAAUGUGGAAUUAAUGUGGAUUAAAUGUUUAUCUGAGAUCUCUGAGCAGAGUCAUGAAGAAUCACCCUGACUUUAUUCUGAAACAUGUUGUGCUGCUGUGUUUUAUUAAAGUGUAAAAAAUAAAGCAUUAAAGCUACA